AUGCCAUCUCCAUGUGAAAACAGUGGAGUCGCCAACUGUUCCCGAGCUGGACCAUGCGCAAAAAAAGUGGAAUGUUGUCAGAAGCAGUUGACAGUCGGGGUGAUGCAACAAGUCACCGCAAGCUCGUCUGGUGCAAUCGUCACGUCGCUUUUCAUGACACCCCUCGACGUUGUGAAAAUCCGUCUACAACAACAGUCCCGCCCAUUUCCAAAAGGAGAAUGUUUCUACUAUCACAAUGGAUUGAUGGACGUCGUCUGCGAGGCGUGUGAAGUCAGAAAACCAUGCGAAUGGUAUCAACGGCCUGGAAAUUUCCGUGGAAUGGCUGAUGCAAUGGUUAAAAUCGCGAGGCACGAGGGGAUUCGAUCGUUGUGGAGUGGGUUGGCGCCGACGAUGGUGAUGGCGCUGCCGGCGACUGUGUUCUAUUUUACAACUUAUGAUAAUUUGUCGGUUUGGUUGAAGAAGAAAAUGUGCUGCCGUCGUGCGUUCUCCCCCGAUAAAUGGACGCCUCCUGAUUGGACAGCAGCCGCCGCAGCUGGAAUUGCAGCCAGAACAAUUGCAGUGACAGUAGUCAGUCCGAUCGAAAUGGUACGGACAAAAAUGCAAAGUCAGCGAUUGACUUAUCAUGAAAUCGGUCACCUGAUAAAACACUCAUGGGCAACGAAAGGAAUCUCCAGUUUCUAUUUGGGAUGGACACCCACUAUGCUUCGAGACAUCCCAUUCUCCGGAAUCUAUUGGGCUGGAUACGACUGGUUCAAGACUCGUCUCACACGUCAUCAAGGACCCGAUCACUCACCGUUCGUCGUCUCAUUUGUCAGUGGAGCGGCUGCUGGAAGUCUGGCUUCUGUAUUCACGCAUCCAUUCGACGUCAUCAAAACGAAUUGUCAGAUUCGAAUCGGAGGCACUGCCGAUGAUAUGAAUAAAUCGAUUGCCACGGUGAUUCGAGAGAUGUAUCACCAACGGGGAAUUUCGGCGUUCUCUGCAGGUCUACUUCCCCGCAUCGUCAAAGUGUCCCCAGCGUGUGCUAUCAUGAUCAGCUUCUACGAAUACUUUAAAUAUUUGUUCCAAAAACACUGA